AUGGGCAUCUGCCCUUGUUCUUGUUCCAAGCCAAGCAUCGGAGCAAGUCUGGAGCUUCUGUCACCUUCGCAGGUAAAGCAGCGUUACAUAGAGGAGCCCAAGCAGCUGCCCUACUCACAGAACGCGGCCAACGGUCAUAAGGAUGUUUGGGAUGCCUUGACGCUGAUGGAUGCGGCCCUUGAUCGCAGCGGUCACAUCGUUCUUCUGUACUCCGGCUAUGUGAUCGAUCCCGGUCACAAAGAUCACGAGUAUCAGGCUGGCUGGAACCGGGAACAUGUGUGGCCAAAGAGCCAUGCUGCACUGACGACCUCACAUCCAGGCCCCGGGACGGACAUUCACAACCUCCAUGCUGCCGACAUCAGCGUGAAUGCCCAUCGGGGCAACAAGGACUUCGACGUCCUUGUGGAGGGCGAAGAGGGGGUCCAGGUUGUCACAGACUCGAGCCCACCUCAGGGAUACUCAGGCAUGGCGCGCCUCUGCAUGGUCUCCCCGAGUGCUUGGGAGCCACCAGAUGUUGCCAAGGGCGCAGUAGCCAGAUCCUUGAUGUACAUGGCUUGCAUGUACGCCGACCACGGCCUGCAGCUUGUUGAGGGCCAGACGAAGAACCACAGCAUGCAGCUGGGAAACUUGCAGGCGAUACUGCGUUGGGCUGCGACAUUUCCGCCAAGUGAGCGGGAGAAGAGGCGAAACGAAGUUGGACAAAGUCUCCAGGGCAAUCGGAAUCCGUUCAUAGACCAUCCAGAUCUCUGUGAAAGAGUGCUGUGGUCAUAG